UUCUUCCUGGUUCUCACUCAGGAGAAUGACCAACAGCCUCAGCUGCUGGAGUUUACACGUUAUAUAUAAUAAAUAUAUAUAUAAUAUUGCCAGUUGUUUGUAACUCUCUCAACAUGAGACUCUUUCUGGGGGUCGCUGUGCUGCUGGUGUGGAGCGCGGAUCCUCUGGCGGCGGCCCCGACUGGGAGCAGCUACCUGCCGGGUACAGGCGGGUUCUGGCACAUCACUGACCUCCACCUGGACCCCACCUACCACCUGGCCCCAGAUCCAACCAAGGUCUGCUUCUCCUCCAAAGGAGCCCCUGCCACCAAGGCCGGCAUGUUCGGAGCCUUCCUGUGCGACUCGCCCUACCGGCUCAUCCAGUCGGCCUUCGCUCACAUGGCACCGCUCACACAGCAGCAGGACUUCAUCAUCUGGACCGGAGACAGUCCACCUCACGUCCCUGCAGGCGAGCUCUCCACCGACAUGGUGAUCCAGGUCAUCAGGAACAUGACCCAGACCAUCAGGCUGCACUUCCCCAACCUGACGGUCUAUCCCGCCCUGGGGAACCACGACUUCUGGCCACAGGACCAGCUGCCGGCCGUCACUAACGCCAUUUACGAAGCGGCUGCCCAGCUGUGGAAGCCCUGGCUGCAGACUGAAGCUCUGCUCACUCUCUCACAGGGUGGUUUCUACUCUCAGCAGGUGAAGCCUGGUUUGCGGGUGGUCAGUCUCAACACCAUCCUUUACUACGGACCUAAUAAAGUCACCAGUAACAUGACGGACCCUGCGGGACAGUUCGAGUGGCUGGAAAAAACCUUAGAGAAAGCUGCUCAGAGUCAGGAGAAGGUGUACGUUAUAGCCCAUGUCCCGGUGGGGUACCUGCCCUUUGCCCGAAACAUCACUGCUAUAAGAGAGAGCCACAACGAGAGGCUGGUUUCCAUCUUCAGGAAGUACAGCUAUGUCGUCGCAGGUCAUUUCUAUGGCCACACCCACCGUGACAGCAUCAUGGUGCUGCUGGACCAAACGGGUAAACCACUGAAUUCUCUUUUCGUGGCACCGGCUGUGACACCGAUCAAAAGCUUUUUGGAGCCGUACUCUAACAACCCGGCUUUCCGCAUGUACUUGUACGACAUCAAGGACUACGCUCUGUUGGAUAUCUGGCAGUACUAUUUGAAUCUGACGGAAGCCAAUGAGAAACAAAGCCCCGACUGGAGGCUUGAAUAUAUCAUGAGUGAAGCGUUUGGACUGACUGACCUGCAGCCGCAGAGCCUGCUGCAGCUGGGCCUGAGCUUCCGGCUGCCGCAGACCAAGGCCUUCGACAAGUACUUCAGGAACUACAUGGUGAGCUACAGUGACCGGAUCAGCUGUAAGGGCGAGUGUAAGGUCAGACAGGUGUGUGCCGUGCUCCACCUGGACCAGCCGGCCUACUCCAAAUGUGUCAGUGGGGGAGAAUGGUAGCGUGAAGCUGGAUGGAGGUGAUGGACUCUGAAGGGAUCUUUCUCAGGUGUCGCAUAUAAGAACAAGAUUUAUUUUUUUAAUGAUUUUUUCUAAUGAAUGUAUUGUUGCUGCAUUCCACUGAAAUAAAGUUUGCUUGAUUUCC